UGUAUGAAAUUUCUUUACGUCACUAGUCAUCUCUUUCUCUUGGUUCCUUUUGGUUCCUUCGAUAGUUGUGAAGAAAUUUUAGAAUUGUAUACGGUGAAAGUGCUAAAGAUAAAAACAAUCAUGCUGAGAUCACGUCUCGUUAAUAUGCAGAAAGCUAUUAAACGUGAUAUCAGUAUCAAUAUUCCAGCUUUGCAGAAGGCUACCGAUCCUAUACAGCAGCUCUUCCUUGACAAACUCCGGGAAUACAAGUCGAAAAGCGUGUUUCCUCAAUUCAAAUUUGAUGAUCCAGUUGUGGACACGGGCGUUAAAAAGUGAACAUAUAAUAUAUAUAUCGAUAUGUAUCAUAGAACAUUGAUGUACUAUUGAACUAUUAAAUAUUAAGUAAUACAUUU